CGUGGAGGCGGCCGGCGCGCUCCUGGGCCUCUCGGUCUGCCGCUGGCCGGGCGCGGCGGCGGCGCGCUUCGCCGCCGCCCGGGCCCAGCGGCCGGCAUGGGGCUGGCUGGCAGGCCACCUGGCGCCGCGGCAGGGGGCCGCCUGGGGCCAGAAGGCCAGCGUGCGCGCUGCGGGGGCCGAGCCGGUCCCGAACAUGCUGAACCUGGACGAGGAGACCCUCGCCCUGCACCAGAGGUACCACGAGAAGACCAUCGAGUACAUCGCGCAGAACCUGGAGUGGGUGGAGAGCAAGGCGUACGAGAUGGACAGCGGCCUCACGGAGCGUGAGCAGGCACUCAUCGACGAGGGCGCCUCCGCCCGCCUGCGGCGCUGGCCCCGGCUGCACGAGGUCGACCAGCACAGGGUCCGGUUUGGCUCCGGGGAGAGGCAGGCGUUCUGCACCGGAGGCGACGGGGCCGCCCUGGGCGACCCCGCCGACAACGUCUUCGUGGUCAGCCUGCCCCGGCGGCCCACCCGCCUGCGCCGGGCUCUGGACCAGCUGUGGGCCGCCGGCAUGCACGCGACGGUGGUGGACGCGGUGGACGGCGACGCCAUCAGGAGCCAGCAGGACGUGCUUGGCGUGCGCCCUCUUCCAGGCUACGAUUCCGGGCACGUCAACCACGACAUGCCGCUGACCACGGGGGAGGUGGGCUGCUUCAUGAGCCACUUCUCCGUGUGGCACACCAUGGUGGAGCAGGGCAUCCCCUCCGCGCUCAUCCUGGAGGACGACUUCGACCUCCAGGAGGACUUCGCGCGUCGGCUGGGCUGCUGCCUGGAGGAGGCCCGAGGGGAGGACUGGAACCUCUUCUUCCUCGGCCGCAGCCCCGUCGAGGCCGACGUGCGGCGGGUCUCGGGCAGCGUCGUCCAGCCCGGGUAUGCCCUCUGGACGGUGGGCUACCUCCUGCGCCUGGACGGGGCACGCGCGCUGCUGGACGCGCAGGUGCAGCGCUGCGUCGCGCCGCUGGACGACUUCUUCUCCGUCGCCAUGGGGCGCGGCGCGGACGGGUGGUACAACGACAGGGCGCCGGAGUGGCGACGGCACGUCCCGGUGGUGCUCCGGGCGCUGGCGUCGUCGCCGCCGCUGCUGAUGCCCUACGCGGGCUCCCUGAUACGAGAGGCGACACGGCAGCGCGCCGCGCGCGCGGCCCCCGCGCCCCCCCGCGGCCCCUUCGGAGACGCCCCCGCGCCGCGAGACGUGCGCGAGGGGGGGGCCUCUGGGCUGUUUUUUUCGGCCUCCGCUGGGCGGCCCUCGCCGGCCCCCCACAGAGCCGUCCACGGGAACAAACGGCUCGGGAGGCACCGCCCCGUCCCGGGGAAGGGGGUCGCGACCUCCUUCUGA